AUGGUUGCCGGCCUCGACAGCCAGCGGCUGGAAGCCGUCUUCCAGUCGCGACCCGACAUCUUGCAGGGCAUUCAAAAGGCAGCCAACACACCCGAUCGAGUCGCAUUGUUCAACAAUAUCGCGAGUUUCGUUCACGAGCAGAUCAACGGACCCGAACCGGCAUCGAAACGCAGACGGAUAGAAGAAGGCCCUACGAACGGUUUCAAGGCGUCUAACACAAACGGGGUGGCUGCAAAGCCUGUACCGAAAAGCAUCGGAACCGGAAACGCUGCCGAUGAAGAGGUUCUCCUUGUGACUAAGGAGAUUUCCGUCUCCGUGCCCCAGCGCAAGAAGUACGAGCUCUGCUUCACAGCGAACUUCUUUUACGCGCGGUUGCCGAAUACCACUGCACCCGUCGAGGGCAUCAUCUACGCUUGGGAUGACAUUGGUGCGUCUCCAACCGCACAGGAACUUAACAUCCCAGCCAAGCUAACUUGCGCUUCAGAGUACCUCUUCUGCCUCCCCGUACCCGAGAAGACUCAGGUGCAGCACAACUACGUCCUGUUUCCCCGUGGAACAUGCCUCCCGACGAAAACCUCACCCGAGAAGGAAGCUCUGGUAUUCACAGUGCCUGCCACAGCCCCCAAGCCCGGCACCAUCGAAGGCCCGAAAGCGAACGCUGCAUCAGCAGUCUCCGACACCUACCGUGGCCUCUUUGAUUGGGCGUUGACGACACACCUCAGCUCCGCUGGCAAUCCUGCCGAAAUCGUCGCAGCCGAUCCCAACAUCUUCCACAGCCUCGUCCGCCAGCCGCACAGACCGAAUGAGAAGGCGGUACACGUCAAGGCCUUCCGCGGCUCCAAAGACGGAUACCUCUUCUUCCUUCCCAAUGGCAUUCUCUACGGCUUCAAAAAGCCUCUAGUAUUUCUGCCCGUCGACCGCAUUGUGGCCAUGAGCUACACAAGCGUUCUGCAGCGUACAUUCAACAUCGUGGUGGAGGUGUUCACCGAGGGUGACGCCACCGAGGAGAUUGAGUUCGGCAUGUUGGACCAGGAAGACUACGGCGGCAUUGACGAGUCCUAUGUCAAGCGCCACGGACUGCAGGACCGCAGUAUGGCGGAGCAAAGGAAGGCGAAGAUGGAGCUGACUGAGAACCUGAAGAAGAAGGGCGCAAACGCCGACGCUGAUGCCAGUGGAGACGCGGAUGCAAACGGCAUGACGGAGCUCGAGAAGGCUCAUCUUGAGGCUGAGCAGGCGCUCCAGGAGGAUGAAGAUGAAGACGAAGAAGACUAUGACCCUGGCAGCGAGGGAGAAAGCGAGGGCUCUGGGUCGAGCGAUGAUGAUGACGACGACGAUGAUGAUGAUGAAGAUGACGAUGCCGGGGAAGAAGGCGAAGAUGGUGACGAGGAGAUGGGUGAAGGUGAAGGUGAAGGUGAAGGCGAGGAAGAGAAGUGA